UUGAAAGCACCAAAAUAUAAUCAAAAAUUUUAGUAAAAUCUUGUUAAUUAUGUCCCAGAAAACUACAUUAAACAGUUUAAUCAUACAUCCAGACAUUGAACCUGGCGUUAUAGACAAUGUUAUGCUUGCACGAUGCAUUCUGGAAUAUGGACCUAAGGACGAGGCUGGAAGACUUUUCGCAGAAGAAGGUGUCCAUUUAGAUGAAGCUACAGUAGUCCGUUUGGAGUUUCAAAAUAUAAUAAGAAUUGACCAUCUCUGGAUGCUAAAAUCGUUGAGAAAACUGACACUAUCCCACAAUUUAAUAGAGAAAAUAGAAAAUUUGGACCAAUUAUCUGGCUUAAACGAAUUGGACUUAUCGUUUAACAAAAUAGAGAAAAUAGAAAACUUAGACGCUCUUGCUAAUUUGGAAGUUUUAACCCUAUUUCAUAACAGAAUAAGGAAGCUUGAGAAUAUGGAUGCGCUACAAAAAUUGCUGGUAUUCAGCAUAGGGGAUAAUCAGAUAGAAGAUUAUAAGGAGAUGGCUUACAUGCGACGAUUCCGUAAGCUACGUUCAGUGAGCUUCAAAGGCAAUCCGUGCUGUGAUGAUCCAAUGUCCUAUCAGUUCCUCAAGGCGGCGCUCACGAGAGUGACCUUCUUGGAUUACAAACUUAUUACGGAGGAAGAACGAGAACAGGGUUGUGCUGUUUUCAGGGGUCUUCUACGUAAACUAGAUGAAGCAGACGAAGAAGCCGACGCAAAGAGACUGGCUCAAGAAGAAUAUGAGGCGAGGGUGGAAUUCUACGCGCUAUCCUUUGUUGAGUAUUUGAGUGGACCGGAGUUAUUUGAGAAGAUGUUUGAAAAGGAUCCCGACGGAUCCUUGCUCCUCCAAGUUGGUGGGGAUCUUGUUGGAUAUUAUGAGCAGUACAAAGAACAGUAUGUAGAGACCAUGGCUGGGUUGGUAGAGUAUGCGCAGGAGGCGUACAACGUUCGACAGGCCGAAAUACAAUUAUUCAAGGAUUUGAUUGACAACGCUUUAGAAGAUAGUGUGGAAAAGAGCAAGGAGGCCAUAAAAGCGUAUGAAGAGAGAAAGAAACCUCUUGUGGACCAGCUUAACAGCAUAAUCGGGAAGUUUGCGGCUCAGCAGGCGACCAUAGAGCAACUGGAGCCGACCAUCAUAGACGCGGGGGAGUCGUUCAACGAUGCUGUUUUCGACUUGUGGAAGAAGCUGAUGACCAUAGAGAUGCAGCUAUAUGAACAAUGCGAGGAAUCCCGCAUACAAUUCGGCGUGAACAUAACGGAGAUGAUCACUAAGCUGCUGGAGUCAGCUCGGGGCGCGUUCGGCGCGUGGCGCGAACACGAGGGGCUGUGGUCGAUGCGGCAGGCGGAGGCGCUGUCCAAGCUGCUUGGUAACAGGGUGCUGCUCGGCGACGUCCAGCCGCAGUUGUUGGAGGCGAUGAUGGACCGCGACCUAAUGAUGAACCUGGUGGCGCAGUCGUCGGACAACCACAUGCGGUUCAUAGACGCGCGGGAAGACCUGCUCAUGACACGCGCCAACCAGUGGCGGGACGACCUGGUGCAGAAUACUAACGACAACGAAAUAAAGCGAAACCGCGACAGAAUACUGGAGAUCUACUAUUACAUUGACAACCAACGCGAGGAGUGGACUGACAUGCAAAUGACCAUGACCGAGACCAUAGACCCUGAGGCUGCUGCGCUGUUGGGAGACGAGUUUUGAGGGUUCUUCGCUCUUUUGUCGCGAAAUGUUUUUUUAAUGAAGAAAACGUUCCAAAUUUGAAUGGCUUAUUAGCCAUUCAACACGCACGCAUGCAAAUGCACGGAGAGUCAAUGAAGGUGUUUGAUAUUCCAUUUGCCACCAGAUGCCGCUAUGUAGCCUUAGGGUCUAUCGUGUCAAACUGCUGUCAUAUGUCACAGCUGUCGUGUGUCA